GAGAAAGAUAACUGACAAAAAAAAUGGGGCUGAUGGGGGAUCUGUUGUCAACACGAUUUUAAGUUCACGAGAAGAAUUUUAAGUGUUUCUAAUAAUCUCUCAGGUUUUCCUAUUGUCUUACCGGGUCGGAUCCUAAUGCAAAGGAAAUUACAUUAUCAGACGGGUGAUGUAAAAAUGGUCAAACCCCAGUGGCAAGAAAUUUUAACAAUAGGGAGGAGCUGCAGGCCCAUCGGCGUGUUCCCUGCAGUGUUCAAAGGAUAAUAAUGCAGAGAUGUGCUGUGUGUGUCAUGAGUAAUGCUUGACCCAUGCAUGUAAUUAAAGUAUGAUUCUGCCAGUAUAAAGAACGUAUACAAGCUCGCCGGGUUUUUACAAAAGCUCUGUGGUUCCUGUCCUCAGCGAAUGGCGCCAUAAGGACGCAUGAUUGUGUGAGUGGUGUAACUGUUCAUGUCCAUGUUAUUUAAAAACGCUCGCCGUCCGCAACUGCCCGCCCCCCUCGAGUGGCACACCCCCCCUCAGGUACACCCAGGACGCGCGUUGACAUCAGCGCACAACGGGGACGCGCAUCGGAGUUGAGCACCAGUGAUCUGGAACUAAAGUCCCUUCCAGUUUGGCAACUGACGACAACGAUACCAGACCAGGCAACACGGGCAUUCAGUCUGUGUGCGAGAGAGAAACCCCCCAGUGAGACCCUCCAUUCAUCACUGUCGGCCUGGGGAGUAUAUGACACAUAUUCAAGAUGCUGAAGCCUAAGGUGAGGCUGCUUUGAGACAUGCCGUUCUCAGUCUGGGGCCUGAGCUUAGCCGUCAUUCUUGCUGCGCUGGCUGUUUCGCACGGCACUCAGCCUGCAUCUAGCGCCACCAAGGAGAGCACAGUGCCAUCUUCUGGCAACACCAAUGCCCUGCAGAACAUGAAGACUUGGGUGCAGGAGGAGUGGCUCCGCUCCCGGCACGGUUGGCCCCGCCCCUUCCAGCUGAUGGGGCCAAUCGCAGACGCCGACGAUGAUGGGGCGGGUCUGGAGGGCCUGGAGCCUGUAAAGCUGGAGAGAGGCCCCCCGGAGGCACCGGCUGAGACAGAGAGCGGGUUCCUUGGUGCUUGGGGCCCCCAGCACACACUGGACGACCUCCCCCCAGGCAGUGAGGGCUCUGUGAAGGGCUGGCGCCGCCACAGACACCGUGCAGGACACAGAAGGCUGGCAGCUCGCAAGAGCAAGAACCACCAUGUAACAGAACGUUCCAGAGAAGUCCUGCUGCCCUUGGAGCUAAAGGAGGUGGGGGGCUUACAGGAGCAGCUUCCUUGGACAGCCCCUUCUGAUGCUUCGAAGUCCCCCACAACACCCACUCCGACACCCACCAUCGUCAGCUCCAGCAUAUCUCUGGUAACCACAGUGACGUGCGAGGAGCCCCUGGUGCUGCCCCCAGCCUCUACCAGACCUCAGAUUGGCAUCACUGCCAAGGAUAACCGAAGCAUUCUGGAGGACGAUGUUCACCCAGUGGUCCAAACAUUGUUCCCUGAAGGUGCUGCCAUGUAUCAGGAUGAUAAUGCACCAAUAUGCACAAAGCCAUCUCCAGUGCGUGGGGUCUGGAAGACCCAGGCUGAAGUGACGCCGACCCUGGACAUGGCUCUCUUUGACUGGACGGACUAUGAGGAUCUGAGGCCAGCUGACACCUGGAGGUCCUCCAAGAAGAAAGACAGGCAACACAGCAAGAGUCUUGGUGGUGGGAAUAAGACCACGGACAUGGAGACAUGUGAUCACCACACGGACUGCGGAAAGGGCUCCUGCUGCGACCUCAGGCGACAUGUGUGUACACAGCACAACCGCGGGCUUAACAACAAAUGCUACGACGACUGCAUGUGUGAUGAAGGGUUCCGCUGCUAUGCGAAGUUCCACCGGAAACGACGCGUCACACGGAGGAAAGGCCGCUGUGUGGACCCAGAGUCUGUGAACCAGGGGAAGGGGGCAUUUAUCACCAUCUGAGAGCUAUGCAGGGGCGGGCUCAGCUGCCAUAUCGCAGUGCUUCACGCAGGACUGUUAGUGAUAGAUAUGCAUGUCUCCCUGGGGGUGAAAUGGAAAUGUCAUGUCUUAAACUGUUUUCAGAAUUGUGGCAUUGCUGUGCUCUUAGACAAAUAGUUUUUUUGUGUAAUUUAUUUAAAUUUUAUUUAAAAACAAAUCCCAAUUUACUUAAUUUUCUUGUGUCAUUUCUGAGGGGGGGGCUGUUUUCUGCUCUUUCAUGGCUUGUUAAAUCAUCCAUAACAUCUUCCACACUGUACACAGCUCCCCUUAACCUCUGGCCAUUUUGUACAUUUUUGUUUUACUUUUGUUGUUGUAAAAUAUAAAACUUAUUUUCAAAAACGUUCUUUACAUUAAAAUCACUAUACUGGGCUUUAUGAUGACAUUUAUCAUGCUUUAUCACAGCUGCUCUGGAAUUAAAGUGCGUCAAUGCAAGUUUCCAAAA